CCUAAUAACAGUUACCCUAAUUGAGCUCUGUAUACAAUGGAAGAGGAAGUCCAAGUGGAUCAAAACUUCCCCUUAUUCUCCCGAAAAACUAAACCGGCCACCAGAAAACCAGUUCCUGCUCCAACCUCCAUUGAAGAAACCCCAAAGCAGCUUGACAAGGAGACUAACUCUGGUCCUACCCCUAGUCAUAUCACCUUCUCUGACUUAGGCCUCGCUGGGUGGGCCGUACAGACCUGUAAUGAGCUGGGCAUGAAGAAACCCACUCCUGUACAAUAUCACUGUAUCCCCAGAAUACUCUCCGGACAGGAUGUGUUAGGUUUAGCUCAGACCGGUAGUGGAAAAACAGCAGCGUUUGCAUUGCCUAUUCUUCAUCGUCUAGCUGAAGAUCCUUAUGGGGUGUCCUGUCUUGUGGUUACUCCGACAAGGGAACUUGCUUUUCAGCUUGCCGAGCAGUUUCGGGCCUUGGGUUCCUGCUUGAAUUUACGGUGUGCUGUGGUUGUGGGAGGAAUGGAUAUGAUAACCCAGACUAAAACUCUGAUGCAAAGACCCCAUGUGGUGAUAGCAACUCCCGGAAGGAUUAAGGUUCUCAUUGAACAGAAUCCUGAUAUUCCCCCAGUUUUCUCCAGAACUAAGUUCCUUGUCUUGGAUGAAGCAGAUAGAGUUCUAGACGUAGGGUUUGAAGAGGAGUUGAGAGCAAUCUUUCAGUGUUUGCCGAAGAAUCGACAAACUCUUCUAUUUUCUGCAACAAUGACCAGCAACCUACAGACGCUACUUGAGCUUUCUGCAAACAAAGCAUAUUUCUAUGAGGCAUAUGAGGGAUUCAAGACUGUAGAAUCACUUAAGCAGCAGUACAUUUUUAUUCCGAAAAAUGUGAAGGAUGUCUAUCUGCAAUACAUUUUAUCCAAAAUCAAAAACAUAGGCGUUCGCUCUGCAAUCAUUUUUGUUUCCACCUGCAGGAGCUGUCAGCUUUUGGGUUUGUUGUUGGAAGAACUCGAAAUUGAUACUGCCGCGUUGCAUUCAUACAAGUCCCAGUCACUGAGGCUUUCUGCACUUCAUAAAUUCAAAUCUGGGCAGGUCCCAAUAUUGGUCGCUACUGAUGUUGCGAGUCGUGGUUUAGACAUUCCAACAGUUGAUCUGGUGGUAAAUUAUGACAUUCCAAGGUAUCCACAAGAUUAUGUUCAUCGUGUGGGACGUACUGCAAGAGCUGGACGAGGUGGACUUGCUGUCAGCUUUGUUACUCAGAAUGAUGUGGAUCUCAUUCAUGAAAUAGAAGCCGUGCUUGGGAAACAAUUGGAGAAAUUUGAUUGUAAAGAGAAUGAGGUGCUUGAUGACAUCUCAAAGGUUUACAAGGCGAAGCGUGUUGCAUCAAUGAAGAUGAUGGAUGAUGGGUUUGAGGAGAAAGCAGAAAGUCGUAAAGCCCAGAAACAGAAAAUGCAAAAUGAGAGAAAGGGAAGGAACAAAAAACAGAAAAGAGAAGGAGUAACAAAAGAUAUAGAAGUUUGAGAUCUCCUAUAUUUGUGAAUAGCUUAACAGCAGAGAGUUUUUUUAUAUGGGAGAGUUCUAUUUUACAGCAGCAGCUAGGGGCGUACAUGAUCGGGUUUUGUUCGGAUUUUUCAAAUAUCAAAUCAAACCAUUUGUAUCAAAUUUUUAAAGUUAUAAACCAAACCAAAUUAAUGAGAUUUGGAUUUUU